UUUUCCAGUAAACCUAAAACUGAUCUUAAAAUCUAUUUAUUAAAAAUACAAACCCCCAAAACUUAAAGGUAUCUCUGCAGAAACCUGCAGGUUUUUCCCGUUUUCCUACAGGCUCAUGAUUUCAAAUGAGAGGUUACAUCUUUCAUAAACGUUAGAAGAAAAGCUAAAACGUAUUGAACCUUUAUAUUAUGGGUACUACGUAUAAGUAUGUUAUUCUACUAAUCAACAAAUAUUUAUUCAGAGCAAGUAUAUCCAGCCUACGCAGCUUAUGCGUAUAUCGCCUAGGCAAUUUAGAGGUAUAUCACCUACGCAAUUUAGUUCAAUCGUCACAUGCUAUGAAAUACUAUUGCUAUUAACGUUUUCAAAAACAAGAGCUCUGAGAGAGAAGUCAAACAAUUGAUAAACACUAGUACGGGUAUCUAAUCUGAAUUCCACACCCAAAGUUCGAAACCAUAACACCGAAUACAAGAGAUUUAGUGAUUUCUAACUCCGUCAUCCGAAACAAUGAACAGCCGACAAUCUCGCGAUGUUAUUGCGGCUACUACUACUCCCAACAUGCAAAGCGGCUACCGUGCCGCAGCCCGUGCCGCAGCUGGUGCCGCAGCCUAUGCCGCAGAGUUCGGAGGGCCCCGGCGUGCCUCGAGGCGCGAAAGGUAACCUGGGAGCCGUAGUUCCCCUGGACGCCUACUGGUGUUGCCAGCGCGGCGGUGGCGGAUCGCUCGGUUCCAGCCAGUAGGUCCUGUGAGGGCGAGCUGAGGCGGAGAAAGGGCGUGGAACUGGAAACGGGUGAGUCGGACGCGGUCUACGCGGUCGAGGGAGGCGGCACCGCGGCGUAGGGUUGACUUAAAUAAAUGGACCCGUGCUGCAGUCUCUCCAGAGACACCGCGGUCUUAGCGUCAGCGAGCAGAGGGUGAGGAGGCGCCAGAGCCCGGUCCUUGCACCCGUACUCGUCCUCAGCUCCCCGCCAGCAUCUCCACUAUGCAGUCCCGGGAAGAAGCUUCGCGCUCUCGCCGCCUCGCUAGUCCCCGCGGCGGGAAGCGGCCCAAAAGGGUUCACAAACCCACAGUUUCGGCUUUUUUCACGGGCCCGGAGGAGCUGAAGGACACGGCCCAUUCCGCAGCCUUGCUGGCCCAGCUCAAGUCCUUCUACGACGCGCGGCUGCUCUGUGAUGUGACCAUCGAGGUGGUCACGCCUGGCAGUGGGCCUGGCACGGGCCGCCUCUUCCCCUGCAACCGUAACGUGCUGGCAGCCGCGUGUCCCUACUUCAAGAGCAUGUUCACCGGCGGCAUGUACGAGAGUCACCAGACGAACGUGACCAUGCACGAUGUGGAUGCCGAGUCCUUCGAGGUGCUGGUCGACUACUGCUACACGGGUCGUGUGUCUCUGAGUGAAUCCAACGUGGAGCGCCUGUACGCCGCCUCCGACAUGCUGCAGCUCGAGUAUGUGCGUGAAGCCUGUGCCUCCUUCCUAGCCCGCCGCCUUGACCUGGCCAACUGCACGGCCAUCUUCAAGUUCGCCGAUGCCUUUGGCCAUCGCAAGCUGCGAUCACAGGCCCAGUCGUUUAUAGCCCACAACUUCAAGCAGCUCAGCCAGAUGAGUUCGAUUCGGGAGGAGUCUCUGGCAGAUCUGACCCUGGCCCAGCUUCUGACUGUCCUGCGCCUGGACAGCCUAAACAUCGAGCAUGAGCAGACCGUGUGCCAUGUGGCGGUGCAGUGGUUGGAGGCGGCUCCCAAGGAGCGGGGUCCCAGCGCUGCAGAAGUCUUCAAGUGUGUCCGCUGGACACACUUCACCGAUGAAGAUCGAAAUUACCUGGAGGGGCUGCUGACCAACACCAUGGUGAAGAAGUACUGUCUGGACCUUGUCGAAGGGGCCCGGCAGAUGCGAUAUGGUGACACGUUGUGCAAGUCUCUGGUGCCAAAGCCAGAGAGCAGCAGCGGCUGCAGCAGCGGCGGCAGUGGCGGCGGCGGCGGCGUUAGCAGUGUCGUUAGCGGCGCUGGUGGCGGUGGCGGCUGCAGCAGCAGCUCUGUUGUGUCCGUGGCAGAAAAUCCACCCCAGAGGCUGGGUGUGUAUGCCAAGAAGAUGGUGAUCUUCUUUGGACAUCCCAGAGAUCCCUUUCUGUGCUGUGACCCAUACUCGGGGGACAUUUACAAAGUGCCAUCACCUUUGACCUGCCUUGCUCACACUAGGACUGUGACCACCUUAGCUGUGUGUGUCUCUCCGGACCAUGACAUCUAUCUGGCCGCCCAGCCCAGGAAAGACCUCUGGGUGUAUAAACCAGCCCAGAAUAGUUGGCAGCAACUUGCUGACCGCCUGCUCUGCCGCGAGGGCAUGGAUGUGGCAUACCUCAAUGGCUACAUUUACAUUUUGGGUGGGCGCGACCCUAUUACUGGCAUUAAACUGAAGGAGGUGGAGUGCUACAGUGUCCAGAGGAACCAGUGGGCACUGGUGGCUCCACUGCCCCAUUCUUUUAUUUCCUUCGAUCUGAUGGUAAUUCAGAACUAUCUUUAUGCUCUCAAUAGUAAGCGCAUGUUCUGCUUUGAUCCCAGCCAUAAUAUGUGGCUGAAGUGUGUUUCUCUGAAGCGCAAUGAUUUUCAGGAAGCCUGUGUCUUCAAUGAUGAGAUCUAUUGCAUCUGCGACAUCCCUGUCAUGAAGGUCUACAAUCCAGUCAGAGGAGAGUGGAGGCAGAUUAAUAACAUUCCCUUGGUGUCAGAGACUAACAACUACCGGAUUAUCAAUCAUGGCCAAAAACUGUUGCUGAUCACCUCACGCACCCCGCAGUGGAAGAAGAACCGGGUGACCGUGUAUGAAUAUGAUAUUAGGGGUGACCAGUGGAUUAAUAUAGGUACCACAUUAGGCCUGUUCCAGUUUGAUUCUAACUUUUUUUGCCUCUCAGCUCGCGUUUAUCCUUCCUGCCUUGAACCUGGUCAGAGUUUUCUCACUGAGGAGGAAGAAGUACCCAGUGAAUCUAGCACUGAGUGGGAUUUAGGUGGAUUCAGUGAGCUGGACUCUGAGUCAGGAAGUUCAAGUUCUUUAUCUGAUGAUGAUUUGUGGGUUCAGGUAGCCCCUCAGUGAAAUGCGUAGGGUCAGCAGAGUGUGUUAUAGAUAAGCCGAAACACUAAGGUGUUUUUACUGCUUUGGAAAGUAUCUUAAAGGGACCCAGGGACCCUUUCGUUUUGCUGG